UAUCCAUCACGAAUCUUCCUCGCAGGUCGUUAUGACUGACAAGUAAAGACUGCGUGUAAAUUUUCGAGGUAGGAUUCGAUAUGGCUGGUCCAAAGUCUUCUCUGACUUUUUCCUCGCUCCAAAAAUACACGCGGAAACGACAGCUGUAUGCAAAAAACGGAUUUUACAUCGCGAUUAACGCAACUGGCGAGGUGACAGGCACUAGCGACGAAAGCUGUUUAAACGCGGUUUUGCAGUUUCUCUCUAUUGGACCUGACCUCAUCGCCAUCUGGGGACUGAAGGCUAAAAAAUAUCUGGCAGUAAACAACAAAGGGAAAAUCUUUGCUACGGAAGCUGAGAGAAAAGAAUGCGUAUUUCGAGAGUUCUUUGGAAAAAACUUUUACAAUAUUUUUCGCACGUGUCACUCAGACGCAGACGGUAAGGGUUGGUACCUAUCCGUGGACGAGAAUGGCAGAAUAACCGCUGAGAAAGUUUCUUACAGUGAUGAGCCGAGACUUCAUUUUAUCGUUAAAACACUCAAGGAUCAAGAAGAGAAUGAAGUUAAGGAAAAAGAUCCUGCUAACACGUUGAAAAGCCAAAAUAGCAACAAGAGAUGUGAUAAGAAAACUGCUAAGGACUUUGGGCUUCCCUCCUCAGAAAUCGUGUGGAUCAUGCAGCAACCUUACCAUUUUGAGGGUAGCAUGUCAAGCACGCCCAGUCCCCCAAGCUCUUCGUGUGUUUCUGGCAGUUCGGCUUCCACUGGAGAAUGGACUGGAUCGGGCGAAUACUCCACCUCGGUAUGAUUAGUGGUGACGAGAAGUACAGCUCGUUUCAUAAUCGAGUAGGAGAAAAUUUAAAUGAGUGGUUAAAUGACAGUGUGGCUGAACUUUGAAUGGGGGAAUUGACCUCACGAAACACUAGUAUUUCACUCAGAAAAUGUUAUGUACGAAUGGGGCUUAUUUUAUAUACCCUGGAACAGGGAAAACUUAGAACUGGACAGAAAAAAUGUCAUCUUAUGAUCACGUUGCACAGGAACCCCAUGUAACUUUAUUGAAUUAGCUCUUUCGUUUUCAAACCCCCAGUUAUUCUGAUAAUCAUCAAAAUGUUGAAUGAAAGAAAGUCCUUGCUAGUCUUAAUAUAAGAACUUGACUACGUCAAAAAAGUAAAUUAUUACUCCGUUUUCUUCCGUUAUAUC